AGGGAAAAAAUCAUCAUGAAAGCUUGUCGGAGACAUGACAGAUCAAUACAACUCCCAUCACAUGACAAGCUUCUGCAUCCUCUGCAUUACGUGCACGUAUAUGCUAUUUAAGAAAAAAAAAAAAUAGUCUUUUGCUCAUGUAUCAGGGCGAGAAUGCCACGAGUCUACAUUAGAUAAUAAAAACAAACUGCAUGACAAAACUCGCAUGACAAACUGUUUUGGAGUUUCCGCGUAAAAUAGCGAUUCCGUGGAGAAGCAGGACACGAUUAAGCCCUCUGCAACUAAAUAUGGUAGUUCAGAUUGCCUGGUGAUGAAGAUUUCUGAGUGCAGUAGUAUUUCAUUUUUAAUUGCCCACGUAAGAGCUCUCGUGCUGGAAUAUCCAAGGACCUUUCCAACAAACGUCAAGGUAAUGAUUUAUUAAAGAACGAAAGAAACGCGCCAUCGAGUUAUCAAAAACGUUUGAGUUUCCCUGUAUGCCUGGGUCCGGUUGUCAAGUUACUGUAACAGUUGUGGCAGCAGCAAUUGGACCGAAACGCACUAGCUGCUUGGGCAGUGUGCAGCGCAAUCGAGGCUCUUGUUGCUGUGCAGACUUCGCCCUUUCCAAAUGGGAAAUUUUAACUAGUUCAGGUCAAGUCAUCAAGUCUAAGCAUUUAAAAGAAAUACUCAAGAGAGAUUUUGAUCAAUGCAACCAGUCGUAGCAUAUAUUUCAGUGCCGAAAUCAGCAUAAGGUCCGCGUGGCAAGGUGCUUUUGCACAUUCGAAUCGUUGGAUACUCGUUUUGGCCAGUGCCAAAGAAAUGAAGAGGAUCCCAUCAUCCUUGGAUGGGGUUACUGAGGGGGUGAACUCUCACAGAUCAGCGUUUCUCUACACAGAUUACGUCAAUAUUAGCGUUAAACACAUCUAUGCCCAGUUCAACGGUUAAAUGAAUAACUACUUCAUAUUAUGGAUCUCAUGGGAACAUGUCCUGCUGACAUACACAGACAUUCUGAAAGCACGUCUUUUUUUAACCUGCGAUCUAUAAACACAGAUCAGUAUGUUUUCUUCCACAACGAUGAUCCUUCAUCACGCCACUUCAGGCGCAUAUGCCCGUGCCAUGUGUCGGGGUCUUGACGCAUCGAUAACCAAUCGCUACUGAGUCACGUGUCAAAAUAUUUUGACCUCGAUUUUUCUUCCCCUGUUUCCAUGCCAUCAGGAAGAGUGAGGCGUCAGCUUCGCUCAAUGGUCCAAUCAGGGACGAAACCCCAAGCAGUGACGUAAUUGGCCAGUAUAGAGGCAACCAUGAGCGAAGCGUAGAAAUUAUUAAUACGAUUUUAUAAGACCAAAAAAAAAUAAAAACAAAGAGAGAAAAAAAGCCUAAUUUCAAAAGGGGGCACACACAUAUAUAAAGGUACAAAAAUAUAAAAAUUACCCAAAACUAGAUCAUUAUCACGGAAUUUUCUCUUUUCUGUGAAGAUCAAAGUCGCAAUACAAACAUUUUAGAAUUAAGUUUGAAUUGAGUUAGGGUCACUUCACUUUAUAAUCAUAUAAAUAACGUUUAAAGGUAUUGUCUAACUCUUUAUUAGGCAGAAUGGCAAUUAAAGCAUGAGACUUAUGAAACUCAUCAGAUGUUGAUUCUAUUGGUCAGAUACAGUAAGGACCUAAAUAAGAAUUAUCGUUUGACGAAAAAUUUGAAAUGUUAAUUAAUUCUUGCCUAGUGUCUUUAUUCCCUAUCAUAAAUCUCCUUGUCCUUCCUCUUUUUCUAUUUACUACUUAUGUUUAUCAAGGUAGUUUUGUCUUACGGUGUUGUAAUGUUCCCUGUUUUGUUAUGUAAAUGUGCAAUAAUAAUAAUAAUAACCCUGUUCACUGUGUAUUUUCAAUUCAUUGCCUGUUAAAUUAUCUCAGAGUCAUUAUUCGGGUGUAAAAUAUUGUCCAGACUCUAACCCCACAGAAACGCAUUAACAAAUGGUGCCUGUGACGUUUCUCAGCACUGAUCAAUAUAGACCAAUCACAGUAGUCUGUGAUUGCCGGAUAAGUUUUGUUUUAAACAUAAUUUUAUGGCGAUUGCAGAGGCUUAUUUCUAUUAUUAUCUCGUGUUCAAAACACUGAGAUUGAUAGAGUGAAAUUAAUAUAUUGUGUAGUGUACGUACGCAUUCAAAAAGAUUUUAGACCAAAGCCCAAGAUCUCUGAUUAGACUUCGCUGCACUCCCUCAGAAACCAAUUACAGCCUUAAUGUACUUAAUUAACAGUGCUUUUAUUCUCUUAUGUUCAUAAUGUCAUGUUAAAUGCAUAUUUUAUUUUAUAUUGUAUAGUGUAGGACCCUAUAUUGUUAUUAUAGUUUUUUAUUUUAUUUGAUUCAUUACAUGGCACCUUAUUUUAAUUCUAUCUUAUCAUUAUUAUUUGUCUUGUCAUUAUCUGUUUUGUGUAUUAAUGCUUUGGCAAUAUUGUAUGUAAACACAAUCAUGCCAAUAAAGUACUUUUAAAUUGAAAAUGGACUUUCUGAGCCGGUGAGCGCCCCCUUGAGGCGUCUCAUGGGAAACAUUUACUGACGCCUCAUGAUUUUCCCUGGGAUCCGUUUGCAACUGCACUUCCGGUGAUCUCAGUUCUAUAAUGGCUGCAAUGUUUACGUGUUGUAUGGGCUGCUGUGGGCAUGGCGGUCCGGGUCAUGCUCCCCUCAAAGAAAUGCCCACCGUACAGCUAGACACGCAUCAAAUGGGGACGGAUGUGGUCAUAGUGAAAAGUGGGAGGCGGAUCUGUGGAACUGGAGCUUGCCUCGCCACCGCCCCUCUACACCAGAACAAGAGCUACUUUGAGUUCAAAAUCCAGUCCACGGGCAUAUGGGGGAUUGGUGUGGCUACUCAGAAGGUGAAUCUAAACCAGGUGCCAAUGGGUCGAGACAGUAACAGCUUAGUGCUAAGACAUGAUGGCUCCAUAUACCACAACAAUGAAGAGAAGAACCGAUUACCUGCAAACAGCCUGCCUCAGGAGGGGGAUGUAGUGGGCCUGACAUAUGACCAUGUGGAACUGAACCUGUACUUGAAUGGAAAGAACAUGCAUUGUCCAGCCUCAGGUAUUCGAGGGACAGUGUUCCCAGUAGUUUAUGUGGAUGACAGUGCCAUCGUAGACUGCCAGUUCAGUGAUUUCUACCAUCCUCCUCCUGAAGGCUUUGAAAAGAUUCUGUUUGAACAGCAGAUCUUCUGAAUAUUCAGCUACAGUAUGUGUGCAUUGCCACACAUAGUCAUCUCUCUUUCAAUGUUGCUUCUGCCUUUGCUGUUACUAAUGCUGCUGUUGUCUAUGGACAACAAACAAGUGUAAGAGAGAAGCUCUAACCCAGAUAACACCACAUACGCACAGAAGACACUUACUGAUAUCAAUUUUCUGUAAUGGGUGAUAAAGGUGUGUAUUGAUUAACUGCUUAUCUUUUUAUUUAAUAUCUGGGUACAGUGAUCAGCAGUUGAUCUGGUUUGUGGUAUUUUGUAAAUCUUUCUUUGGUUGAAAUUAUUAAUUUGUUGUUGACAUUUUAUAUAUACUCCCAUAUCAACUCUCUUGAAUGAAAGGCCUGUUUGUAUUGAUUUUGGUGCGUUUGUUAAUGUCAUUGCCCUUUAGCUGAACUAGGCAUGUGUUUCAUCACUUCCUGUUGAUAAAGUGCUACCUAUAACAGCAGUUUACUGUAUUUUUCUACGUGCAAUUUUAUCCCUACCGUUUGUGAUCUUGUCUGUUGCACAUAAUAAUUAAGUGACUUAAGCUGGACAGGCUACAGUUUUAAAUGUCCACCAAGACAUGGAUGAAUGAACUAAUUUGGGUAUUAUUUCACACUACAGAUUAGACCUUGUUGGUCCAUUCAUUCUUGUGGAAUUCCAUGUGUACUUUUUUGUAGUUCUGUUCAUUAAACAUGAUCAAUUUUGAAGUUUGUACAUGUAGAAAUUUGUACAAGUACAACUUGGGCUCUUAUCUUAUAAAAACCCUUAAUCUUUGUUGAACUACGAACAAGUUAGUCAUGAUCUUCAUUUUGCAUUGAAAUUUUAUUGUUUCAAAUGUUUUGCUUCAAAGUAGAUUCACCAUCAAAUGUAAUCCUGCUAUUCUAUAACUAUUGUCUUGUAAAAAUGUUCAUGCAUACCCAAAGGCAAUGUACUUUUGAGAAAACAUGCUCUGAUAUAAGGGUGUAUCCUACAAUACGUGUCUUUUUUGCCCCCCCCCCCCCCAUUAUCUCUGUAC